AUGAAGCGGAAUCGCAUACAGUUUGAGGCCAAUUGCGAUGCCUCGUCUGCUUCUCCUCCGCAAGGUGCUUCCACCACAGAGGAGCGCCCUCAUCAUGUCCCAAAGAUCUCGCGACGGAUACGGGCAUGCACGGAGUGUAAGCGGCACAAAGUGCGCUGUGACAUGGAGGCAAGCGAGUCGAUAUGCUCGCGGUGUCGGCGCAUGGGGCUGGAGUGCGUUGUGAAUAAGAGUCUUCAAACAUUACUCGAGGAUGAAGCCGAGUGGAAAUCAAUGAUCGAAGCAGCAAUGACGGAUUUGCUCAGAAAGUCACAACUACCGGAGCUAUCAUACUAUCAAGCAGGUGGUGGUUCGAAUGAGACACCUUCGAACAAGAGAGGCCGAAAAGACUCCACCGUUUCGACUGAUGAUGGUGGAUUUGCGCAACACAACAGGGCCGAGACGACUGAGAACACUGUGAAAAAUGGCAGUGCUUCAAGGUCAAACUACGGGUUUCCCCAACAACAUCCACGCUAUGCGUUGGACCGUGAGGAGACAGGCGCAACCUCCUUGGUCACGGCCCCGAUGGGCAGUUUAUAUGAAGUGACGCAGCUCAGUGAGAAUCGCGAAAGCUCGCCCGGACAAAAACUGGCCCCAGAUCAGGCACUGGUCACUGAUAUAAUCUCACGCGGAGUGGUCGAUAUACAGGAAGCGGAGGAGCUGUUCUAUCAAUUCGACCAGGUACUCAACCGCUACCUAUGGGAUGGAGCCUUACUAGCACACAAAGACUUGACUUCUGUCCGUCGGUCAUCGUCGAUGCUGUGUGCUGCUAUUAUGGCCGUCACCGCGCUUCAUAUGCCGACCAAGGAGCGCACAUUUGAUACGUGCUACACCGAGUUUGCAAGGUUAGCCUCCGAUUCCAUGCUAGGCCAUCACCAUACUCUGGAUGAUAUUCGCGCGCUAUGUAUUGGAGCAUUCUGGCUUGCGGAUGUUAGCUGGAAGCUCUCCGGUUAUGCAGUUCGAAUUGCAACCGAGCGUAAUCUGCACCAGUUCUUCCGCAAGGCCACACAGGGAUCACCAGAACACAUUGAACAGGCUAGGCUAUGGUAUCUUCUUUACACACUGGAACACCACUUUUCUAUUGCAUAUGGCCGACCGCCGAUGAUCCACGAAGACGCCAGUAUCACUCAACACAACAUAUUUACACAAAGCCCGUCAAUAUCACAAGGAGACCUACGACUUCACAGCCAGGUCGAUCUGUUUAUAAUCCUCACUCGUAUAUACUUUGCAUUCGGCCCCGAUGUCGACCUCGAGGUUCCCGAGAGCGAUUUCCCCAAGAUUGAUCAAUACGAUAAUGAUAUCGGGGAGUGGAAGUCAUCAUGGCUUCCUCGACUGGCGGGGAGUCGAUAUGUCGGUUCAUAUCCUUACAAAGCCGUGUACAUGCACUAUCAUUUCUCUCGGCUGCAACUGAACUCAGUCGCCCUACGUACAUACCACUCAUCUACUUCCUCUGGACAAAUGUCAUUCGAGCGCAGAAAGCGCGCCAACAUCGCCGUCGAAUCAGCGAUUGGUACUCUCCAGGUUUGUCUGGACGAACGAGAUAUCCAGCUGGCGCUCGUCGGCGUGCCACUGUAUCUCCACAGCAUGAUCACAUUUGCUGCAGUCUUCCUGUUGAAAAUAGCAGCUAAAGUCUGCUCAAACGGUGCUAUCCCCGGAAGCCACGGCAAACGGACUUCAAUCGCCUCGGCAGGCCUCCACGUCGACGUGAGCUACGUGCGUGUCCUGGUUGGGCGGGUUGUCGACCUCAUGGUGUCCUGUAGCCAACGAGCGAGCGAGCGCCACCUCAGCCACCACAUUGCCCGUGGACUCCGCAAGAUGCUGACAGGACUCGAGGAAUGGGAGAAGCGCACUGCCGGCCAACAGCCCAUGGGGUCCACUUCACAGGAGCCCCCUCUCUUCAAGCCAGUGGUGAUUCCCGGUGCUCAGAUGCUGGGCGAACGUGACACUAUUCUGAAUCACCCGCCUCCCCUGCUUGGAGUUGCGCCUUUGUCCGCUGAACGGAGCAAUGGGUUCGAACCGCCCCUGACACCGGGGAAGCAGGAGCCGGGACUCUCGGAGGGCUCGAUGGACCCGAUGAUGGCAGAUCUGUGGGGCUUUGAUGAGGAAUAUUUCCCCACAGGUGUCUUUGACUUCCUUCAGAGCCAGAUGCCGGCUUGA